GGCUGUCAUGAUAUUACAGAAUAUAUCCGCAUUAACGCUCAUGUAAACAUAAGCCCUGAACCUGUGCUGGAGACGUCCAGAGGAGCAUUAUAUUACAUAUCAACAGGUCUUCGCCUGCGGAAGAGAGCGGCCACACGGGCCCGUCGUCAUGCUAUGCUGGGGAAAUGCCUCGUACGGGCAGCUCGGUUUAGGUGGGAUUGAUGAGGAGAUCGUGCUGGAGCCGAGGAAGUGUGAGUUCUUCGAGGGCAAGCGUGUGAGAGAUGUGGGAUGUGGCAGACGUCACAGUGUCUUUCUGCUGGAGGACGGGACGGUUUACACAUGCGGGUGUAAUGACCUGGGUCAGCUGGGACACGACAAAGGACGCAAGAAACCAGAACAGGUAGUGUCUCUGGAUGCUCAGAACAUUGUGGCCGUGUCUUGCGGUGAAUCUCAUACUCUGGCUCUGAAUGAUAAAGGACAAGUGUUUGCGUGGGGUUUGGGUUCAGAUGGACAGCUCGGCCUUUCAAAUAUUGAAGAUUGUCUCCGUGUACCCAGAACUGUCAGGAGUUUGUCCGAGGUUCACAUUACCCAAGUGGCCUGUGGAUAUUGGCAUUCCCUUGCUUUAGCCAGAGGAGGUCAGAUAUUCUCCUGGGGCCAAAAUAAAUAUGGACAGCUGGGUCUCGGGAUGCAGGGAGCGGGUGUUUCCACCCCACAAGUCAUUCAGUCUUUGCAGGGCGUCCCGUUUGCCCAGAUUUCUGCGGGAGGCGCUCACAGCUUCGGGCUCACGAUCUCUGGGGCCAUUUUUGGCUGGGGGCGAAACAAGUUCGGCCAGCUGGGCCUCAGCGAUAAUGAUGAUCGCAAUUUCCCAGCCUUGCUGAAGACUCUCAGGUCCCAACGGGUCGUUUACAUAUGCUGUGGAGAGGACCACACGGCAGCACUAACAAAGGAGGGAGGUGUGUUUACAUUUGGAGCUGGUGGGUACGGUCAGCUGGGACACAACACCACAAACCAUGAGGUGAACCCCAGGAAGGUGUUUGAACUGAUGGGGAAUGUGGUUGCACAGAUCGCUUGUGGUAGGCAGCACACUUUGGCGUUCGUCCCUUCAUCAGGAAAGAUUGAGUCGUUUGGUCUCGGGGGAAACGGACAGCUCGGGACCCGCUCGACCUACAAUCGGAUCAGUCCCGCUCCUGUGAAAGGCUGCUGGCGAGCCCAUACUGAUCCCGUGCCUAUGGAUAUAGAUUUGACAGGGCUGUGUAUUUCAGAGGCGGAACAGAGUUACUGUGUGAAGAGGAUCUACGCUGGAGGAGACCAGAGCUUCGCUCACUAUGCUUUAUCUCAGGACGACAGGCCUCCGCUGGAUGUGAGGAUAACCAGACCUGACGGACAGAUCUACACACUCAGCGCUGACAUCAUCCAGAAAUGGCUCAAUCACGGUCAUGGGAGAAUGUCACCAGAAAUCACCAAUGAGAUUGAUCUCGUGUUCUCUUCAGCGAGUUGUCUCAAUGGAAGUUUUCUGUCUGGAAGCAGUCCAGAUCACUACAGCACUAGCAGUAAGUGCUCAGGUGUGGACAUUAACACGGCCCGUCUGCUCUACCACAGGCUCAUCCAACCCGAUUACCCACAAAUCUCACAGAUUAUAGCCGCUAGUUUGGAGAAGCAUCUCCUCCCCAGAUUGAGCAGUUCUCCUCCAGACAUCGAGGCUUUGAGACUCUACCUCACGCUGCCCGAGUGUCCGCUCCUCAACAACCCCAGCAACUACACCACCCUCACCAUUCCUUUUGCCAAGGCCAUCGUGAGCCUGAAAGACACCCCCAUCAAAGUGCUUGGAAACUGGUGGUCCAGGUUUGAGCCAGCGGUCUUCCAGAGGCUGGUGGAGCUCUAUAAGGAGGUGGUGGUGUAUCUACUGCGGAUGCAGAAACUGGGAAUCCCCCUUUCUGAACAGAGGAUCUUCACCUGCUUCUUGCACACCUCCCUCAAACUCCUGGAGAUCCUCCACUCGGUUAAUGAGCGUGCUGGCCAGAUCAUCCAGUAUGACAAGUUCUAUAUUCAUGAGCUGGAUGAGCUCAUUGACAUCAGGAAUGAUUAUGUCACCUGGUUUCAGCAGCAGAUGUUCUCUUUGGUCAUGGACUCUCAGGUCAUCUUGUGCAAAUACCCGUUUGUUUUUGACGCUCAGGCGAAGACGACGCUCCUCCAGACUGAUGCUGUGAUCCAGAUGCAGAUAGCCGUGGACCAGGCUCAGAGACAGAACCUACACUCGCUGUUCCUCUCUGGUGGAGGAGUGGAGUCAGUAAACCCCUGCCUCAUCCUCAUCGUACGUCGAGAAAACGUGGUCGGAGACUCCAUGGAGGUGCUGAGGAAAUCCAAAAACGUUGAUUACAAGAAGCCGCUCAAGGUGAUCUUUGUUGGGGAGGAGGCCGUGGACGCUGGCGGCGUGAGAAAAGAGUUCUUCCUGCUCAUCAUGAAAGAACUCUUAGACCCUAAAUAUGGCAUGUUUAGAUACUACGAGGAGUCCAGACUCAUCUGGUUCGCUCACAAGACAUUUGAAGACAUCGACUUGUUCCACCUGAUUGGUGUCAUUUGUGGAUUGGCCAUCUAUAACCUCACUAUAGUGGAGCUGAACUUCCCGCUAGCGCUGUACAAGAAACUCCUGAAGAAAGAGCCCACUCUAGAGGACCUGAAGGAACUCAUGCCUGAUGUAGGAAGGAGUCUUCAGCAGCUGCUGGAUUAUACGGAGGAUGAUUUGGAAGAAACUUACUGCCUGAAUUUCACAAUCACAGAGGAAAAUUUUGGUGCCACAGAGGUAUUAGAGCUGAUACCCAACGGGACAGACGUCAGCGUCAACAAAUCCAACAGGCAGGAGUUUGUUAAGGCCUACGUUAAUUAUAUAUUCAACACCUCCGUGGCUCCUCAGUUCAGUGCUUUCCACGCUGGAUUUCACAAAGUGUGUGGAGGGAAAGUUCUGGAGCUUUUCCAGCCCAGCGAACUGCAGGCCAUGGUCAUAGGAAACACCAACUACGACUGGAAGGAAUUAGAGAAGAGCACGGAGUAUAAGAACGAGUACUGGGCGGAUCACCCCACCAUCAAGAUGUUCUGGGAAGUAUUUCACGAGCUGCCUUUGGAGAAGAAGAAACAGUUCCUGCUGUUCCUGACGGGCAGCGACCGGAUCCCCAUCAUGGGCAUGAAGAGCCUGGCGUUAGUGAUCCAGCCCACGGGAGGAGGACCGCAGUACUUCCCUGUCGCGCACACAUGCUUCAACCUCCUGGAUCUGCCCAAGUACACGAGUAAAGACACGCUCCGAGAGAAGCUGCUGCAGGCCAUCGAACACGACCAGGGCUUCAACCUGGUGUGACCCGCAGGUACCACACGCUUCAGCAGCACUGC